AUGUCGGGAAUAACAAAAACCUUUUUUCUUUUGAAUUUUAAAACAAUAUCUGGUAUUUCUAAGUCAAAUUCUUACACAAAGUUUAUAGGCUGUUACUACAGUACCUCCCAUAAAAGCAAAAUAUUCUCUAACGUGAAUGAGGCAGUAAGUGAUAUUAAAGAUGGUUCAAAGUUGCUUGUAGGAGGUUUUGGUUUGUGUGGAAUCCCAGAAAAUCUUAUUAAAGCAAUAAAUAACAAAAAAAUAUCUGGACUGACUAUUGUAUCUAAUAAUGCUGGUGUCGAUGAUUUUGGACUAGGUGUACUGUUAAAAAGUAAACAAGUAAAGCGAAUGAUAUCAUCGUAUGUUGGUGAAAAUGCUGAAUUUGAAAGACAGUUCCUGAGUGGAGAAUUAGAAGUAGAACUUACUCCCCAAGGAACACUGGCAGAGAGAAUAAGGGCAGGUGGAGCUGGUAUACCAGCAUUCUUUACUCCAACAGGCUACGGUACACUUAUUCACGAAGGAGGCUCACCAAUUAAAUAUACUAAGGAUGGGAAGAUUGAAAUACCAAGCGCUCCACGCGCAACACAACAAUUCAACGGCAUUAACUAUAUAAUGGAAGAGGCGAUAACCGGUGACUUUGCUUUAGUCAAAGCAUGGAAGGCCGAUAGACAUGGAAAUCUCCUCUUCAGAAAAACCGCUCGUAACUUUAACCCAACAAUGGCUAGAGCUGCGAAAAUAACAAUUGCAGAAGUCGAAGAGAUCGUUGACGAAAUCGACCCUAACUCCGUGCACACACCCUCGAUUUAUGUCCAUAGAAUUGUUUUGGGCGAGAAAUAUGAGAAACGUAUAGAAAGACGAACAGUAGCGAAGAACAAGGAGAACAAAGAGAAGAAGCCAUCGGAUUUAGUAAGGGAAAGGAUUAUCAAGAGAGCUGCUUUGGAGUUUAAGGAUGGGAUGCAUGCUAAUCUUGGUAUUGGUAUGCCAAUGUUAGCAAGUAGCUUCAUUCCAAGCAAUAUGAAUGUUCUGUUGCAAUCGGAGAAUGGUAUAUUAGGCCUUGGGCCCUACCCUCAAGAAGAAGAAAUCGAUGCCGAUCUUAUUAAUGCUGGCAAAGAAACAGUCACCAUCCUUCCAGGCGCAUCAUAUUUCUCAUCGGACGACAGUUUUGCUAUGAUACGUGGUGGUCACGUGGAAUUAACGAUGUUGGGAGCGAUGCAAGUCUCGCAGUACGGGGACUUGGCUAAUUGGAUGAUACCCGGUAAAAUGGUGAAAGGAAUGGGUGGUGCCAUGGACCUGGUGUCAUCACCAGGAACGAAAGUUGUGGUCACAAUGGAACACUCAGCGAAAAAUGGCGGACACAAAAUUGUACCCGAAUGCACACUACCGCUCACUGGCAAGCAUUGCGUCGAUAUGAUCAUUACAGAAAAGUGCGUCAUGGAAGUUGAUAAGGAAAAGGGAUUGAUUCUUACCGAACUUGCUGAAGGUGUCAAAGUUGAAGACAUUGUUGCCAGUGUGGGCUGUGAGUUUAAUGUAUCACCCAAUCUCAAGAAAAUGGGAGAUAUCACUGAAAUGGAUAAAGAAUAA